CGCGGCCGGUGACGCGGCUCUGGCUCCGUGACCGCGCGGGAGCCACAGCCGGGCUCCGAGCGCUGUCGCCACCAUGCGGGCCGAGGGCCGCGGCGGCCUGGAGCGCUUCUGCAGCCCGGGCAAGGGUCGGGGGCUGCGCGCUCUGCAGCCGUUCCAGGUGGGCGACCUGCUCUUCUCCUGCCCGGCCUAUGCCUGCGUGCUCACUGUCGGCGAGCGCGGCAGCUUCUGCGAGCACUGCUUCGCCAGGAAAGAAGGAUUGUCGAAAUGUGGAAGAUGCAAGCAGGCAUUUUACUGCAAUGUGGAGUGUCAGAAAGAAGAUUGGUCCAUGCACAAGCUGGAAUGUUCUCCCAUGGUUGUUUUUGGGGGAAACUGGACUCCCUCGGAGACUGUACGGUUGACAGCAAGGAUUCUGGCCAAACAGAAAAUCCAUCCAGAGAGAACACCUUCCGAGAAAUUGUUAGCCGUGAAGGAAUUUGAAUCGCAUCUGGACAAGCUGGACAAUGAGAAGAGGGAUUUGAUUCAGAGCGACAUCGCCACACUGCACCAGUUCUACUCCAAGCACCUUGGGCUCCCCGACCAUGACAGCCUGGUGGUGCUCUUCGCACAGGUUAACUGCAAUGGCUUCACGAUUGAAGAUGAAGAACUUUCCCAUUUGGGAUCAGCGAUAUUUCCUGAUGUUGCGCUGAUGAAUCAUAGCUGCUGCCCCAAUGUCAUUGUGACCUACAGGGGGACCCUGGCAGAAGUGCGGGCGGUACAGGAGAUCCACCCCGGCGAAGAGGUGUUCACCAGCUACAUCGACCUCCUGUACCCGACGGAGGACAGGAACGACCGCCUCAGGGACUCCUACUUCUUCACGUGCGAGUGCCGGGAGUGCAGCACCAAGGGCCAGGACCAGGCCAAGCUGGAAAUCCGGAAGCUCAGCGACCCCCCCAGGGCGGAGGCCGUCCGUGACAUGGUCAGGUACGCGCGCGGCGUCAUCGAGGAGUUCCGGAGAGCCAAGCACUACAAAUCCCCUAGCGAGCUUCUGGAGAUCUGCGAGCUGAGCCAGGAGCAAAUGAGCUCGGUGUUCGAGGACAGCAACGUGUACAUGCUGCACAUGAUGUACCAGGCCAUGGGCGUGUGCCUGUACCUUCAGGACUGGGAGGGCGCCCUGAGGUACGGCCAGAAGAUCAUCAAGCCCUACAGCAAGCACUACCCUCUGUACUCGCUCAACGUGGCCUCCAUGUGGCUGAAGCUGGGGCGCCUGUACCUGGGCCUGGAGAACAGGGCUGCUGGCGAGAAGGCCCUCAAGAAGGCCCUGGCCAUCAUGGAAGUCGCCCACGGCAAAGAUCACCCGUACAUUUCCGAGAUCAGACGGGAAAUUGAGAGCCGCUGAACCCACGCCUGGCCGUUCCCACGCAAGAGCCCUACAGGGUGGGAACACGCCUUGCACUUCGCCCCUGCCGGGCCACUCGGAGGCUGCCUCCAUGGACCGAGCCCAGACUCGCUGCGCUGCGAUGCUUGCUUUCCCCGAGGUCAGGGGUUCAUACAUCGUGUCCUGCCGAUGGUUUUUAAAGCGCAGUUUUUUCCCUUCAUGCCUACUGCAGUGCUGCAGACAAACUCGAAUGAUGAGAGAAUAAAAGCCACACGUUGCCCGG